GCUGUCAUUUCUCAGCAUUAAUGAAAACUGCUUUUCACUGGUUAGCUUGAUUACCGCUUAUGACCAGCUUCUACCAGUAUGUAAACACAUAUAUAAAACAGCUUUGCGUCCAAAUUUGAACAACACAUUUUUUACAAUGGAUCUCACUGAACUUGUUCGUCUUUUGUUUGCUGUGACUUAUUUGUCGACAGUUUUUGGAGGUCAUCCGGUAACUCCAGGACCCGCUAGUUGUAACGGAUCAAAUACACUGUGCACAGCAAACGAUAACAUUGGCUGUCCGAAAGGCGAAACAUGUAAAGAUGGAAAAUGCUGUCAAAUGACCAUUAUAGCUAGGAAGUGUAAGUCCGGCAAGCCUGGACCCUCCUGUUCAGAGACCACGCCUUGUUCAGAUGGCUAUUACUGCAGACAUGGUACGUGCUGUAUUUCACGAAAGACUACCCAUUGCCCGUCAGGACCAAGCUGUUCUGAAACCAAGCCCUGCGCCGAUGGGUACUCAUGUAACGGAGGAAAAUGCUGUCGAAAGACCAUUAUAGCUAGGAAGUGUAAGUCCGGCAAGCCUGGACCCUCCUGUUCAGAGACCACGCCUUGUUCAGAUGGCUAUUACUGCAGACAUGGUACGUGCUGUAUUUCACGAAAUACUACCCAUUGCUCGUCUGGACCAAGCUGUUCUGAAACUAAGCCUUGUGCCGAUGGGUACUCAUGUAACGGAGGAAAAUGCUGUCGAAAGACCAUUAUAGCUAGGAAGUGUAAGUCCGGCAAGCCUGGACCCUCCUGUUCAGAGACCACGCCUUGUUCAGAUGGCUAUUACUGCAGACAUGGUACGUGCUGUAUUUCACGAAAUACUACCCAUUGCUCGUCUGGACCAAGCUGUUCUGAAACUAAGCCUUGUGCCGAUGGGUACUCAUGUAAAGGAGGAAGAUGCUGCAAGGACAGAAAACCGAGCAAUUGCAUUUCUCCGGCCAAAGGACCAAGCUGUUCUGAAGUUAAUCCUUGUGAGUUGGGUUACUCGUGUCAAAGAGGAAAAUGUUGUAAGGAAUCUCAACCUCGCAUAUGCCCAGAGAAGUUGAGAGGUCCGUCUUGUUCGGAGACCAAACCGUGCAAACAAGGAUAUAGAUGUUUGUCCGGAACCUGUUGCAGAUCCAGAAGAGAACAAAAACCGGUGAAACGGUGCCCUGAGCGCCUGACCGGGCCAUCCUGCUCAAAAUCAGAACCGUGCAAAUCAGGGUAUACAUGUGUAGCGGGAAAAUGUUGCAGAACACGUGAAGACCAUAAAAGAAUAGAUAAAUGUCCCUCAGAUAGAGUAGGACCAAGAUGUUCAAGAACGGAGAAAUGCAAGCCAGGUUAUACCUGCACAAAAGGAGAAUGCUGUAGGGAUCUUGUUCCUCCGUCUGUAUGUCCGUCUGGUAUCGUCGGACCAGACUGUUCACAGUCAAAACCGUGUAAGCUUGGCUACAGUUGCAUUGGUGCUAAAUGUUGUAGAGAUCCUGUUUGCCCUGGUAAUAAAAAGAAUGCCGGUUCAUGCUUGUCGCCGACUGUUGCUAUGCCGAGAUGCGCGAAAGGCUAUGAAUGUAUUCAAGAUUUCUGCUGUGAAACAAAACCUGUUCCUGUUAAAAGCUGUCCAGGUGGAACAUUUACAGGUUGUUCCGAUGCAAAGCCAUGUCUGGGCGACCAAACGUGCAUUGAUGGUCACUGCUGUCCACAAGUGACAUGCAAACAUGGAUUCACUGGUCAAACGUGUUCAAAGGGAAACCAAGAAUGCCCGAGUGGCUCCACUUGCAAGGCGCCUGGAAAGUGUUGCAGACAAUCUCCAGAACCUGUAGUUAACCGCUGCCCGAUGUUCAGCCCACCAAAAGAGCCGACUGAUUGUCCUCCUCCCAGUUCUCCGCCCGCGUGUACCACGGAUAAGGACUGCAAAGACGGGCGAGCAUGUUGUACUGGGCCCUGUGGACCAUUUUGCACAUAACAAAUGUUUUUAAUGCCUUACUGUUUGUCGAUAAUAACCUCCUGUGAUAGAAUUUUGCAAUGAAUUUAUACCAGUAGUGUAUACUAUGCAGCUGAAAUGCAUUGAAGUGCUGGAACAUACUGAGGAUGCUGAAUUAUAUUAUGUCUUGAUGGCAGUUGUACAUAUGUAAAAAAACAUGCGCAUUCAAGUAGGAAAUGUCAUAAAAAGCUAUUCAGAGUCCUGAAGUAAAAAGCUUUCAAAUUGCUUUUUGAAUCGUAUUCAAACUGCCGAAAAAACAUUUGUUCACAUAUUAAUGCAUUUGUUGUAUAUAUAAAAAUGAAUAAAUCGGCCAUUUAUG